GUAGAAGAUUUCACACACACUCUCUCUCUAUAACUUUCUUUCUCUCUCUUUCUCUAUUCCAUCUGUAUCAGGAUGGAAGGGCAGUACUAUGGUUGGGGAACAGUUGCAGAUGGAUGGAGAAAGGGGCCAUGGACACCACAAGAAGACCAGUUACUGAUUGAGCAUGUAAAGCUUCAUGGUGAAGGAAGAUGGAAUUCUGUCUCCAGGCUAACAGGAUUGAAGAGGAGUGGAAAGAGCAGCAGGCUGAGAUGGGUGAACUAUCUGAGACCUGAUCUCAAGAGAGGCAAGAUUACACCUCAUGAAGAAACCAUCAUUCUUGAGCUCCAUGCUAGGUGGGGGAACAGAUGGUCGACGAUUGCCAGAAGCCUCCCAGGGAGGACUGAUAACGAGAUCAAGAAUUACUGGAGAACACAUUUCAAGAAAUCCACCAAGAAUGUGGACAAGGCUCGAGCGAGAUAUCUGAGACUGCAACAGGAGCAAAAGCAACUGCUGCAACAGCAACAGCAACAGCAGCAGCAGCAGUUAUUACUAUUAGAAAGCAGUACUGUAAAGGAGGAAACUACACUAACUGAGGAGGCUAUAAUGGCACAAGAGAUGCAGGAAAUUGCUUUCAUGUGCAGCAAUCUGCCAUUCAUGUAUCAAGAAGAAGCUGGCUUCGUUGGAGAAUCAAGAACUAGCAGCGAAGAUAGAUCGAGCGAGGAGGAAACUUGCUAUGACACAUGGGAUAAUCUGUGGAAUCUUGAUGAUAUAGAAAUUAGCCUGGGAGAGCAAGCUCUUAGUUUUUAUUGAAAGGGGGACAUAGAUUAGUUUUGUUGGUAAAAAAUUUAGGAGUUCUACAAAGUCCUGAGAUCUAAUUCUGUUUAUAUCAAAUUUAUGUUGAGAGAUCUCAUGUGACUUGGA